AUGGUGCCCCCAGGGAAGAAACCAGCCGGAGAGGCCUCCAACUCCAACAAGAAGUGCAAGCGUUAUUUCAACGAGCACUGGAAAGAGGAGUUUACUUGGCUUGACUUUGACUACGAGCGGAAGCUGAUGUUCUGCCUCGAGUGUCGUCAGGCCCUGGUGAGGAACAAGCAUGGCAAAGCUGAGAACGCUUUCACCGUGGGCACUGACAACUUCCAGCGCCAUGCCUUGCUGCGCCACGUGACCUCAGGAGCCCACCGCCAGGCUCUGGUUGUCAACCAGGGCCAGCCCCCUUUCGAGGGCCAGGCUGAGGGAGGAGGGCCCUACCCAGGCCUGGCUCCCACCCCCAACUCUAGGGGCAUCAAGGUGGAGGCGGACCCCUCCAAAUUGGCUGUGCUGACCACCGUGUACUGUAUGGCGAAGGAGGAUGUGCCAGAUGACCGCUGCUCUGCCCUGCUUGAGCUACAGAGGUUCAACCUGUGCCAGGCGCUGCUGGGCACCGAGCACAGCGAUUACUACAGCCCCAGGAGGGUGGCCAUUGCCAGUGUCUUGCACACAGAGGACUGUCAGCGCUUGAAGGCAUCCCCAUAUGUGGGGCUGGUGCUGGAUGAGACCAGGGACUGGCCUGAGUCCCACGGUCUGGCCCUGUUUGCCACUUCAGUGUCCCCCUGCGAUGGCCAGCCUGCCACCACUUUUCUGGGCAAUAUGGAGCUGCAAGAGGGUGAAGCCACUGCUGGCCAGCUCCUAGACAUCCUGCAGGCCUUUGGCGUACCUGCAUCCAGCCUGGCCUGGCUCAGCUCAAGCCUUCCCAGCGAUCGCCUGCGGAGUGUGAGCCUGCAGCUCCGGGCUGCCUGCCCACUGCUCACUGAGCUACACUGCCUCCCUGGCCGGACAGACCCCAAACCCCCUGCCUACCUGGGUGAAUAUGAAAGCAUACUAGACGCCCUUUUCCGCCUGCAUGGUGGCCCUAGUUCCCACAUGGUCCCUGAGCUCCGGGCAGCACUGGACCUUGCAGCUGUUGACUUGGCAGGGUCACGGCCAGUGCCCUGGGCCUCAGUGCUGCCUGUGGUGGAAGCAGUAGCCGAGGUCUGGCCUCGCCUGGUGUCCACCCUGGAGGCUGCAGCCCCAGUGUCACCCACUGCAGGGGCACUGGCCCUAGCUCUGCGCCAGUUCACCUUUGUGGCCUUCACCCACCUGCUGCUGGACACUCUGCCCUCCAUGCAGAAGCUUGCGCUUGUCUUGCAGCCAGAGGAGCCGGACUUGGCCUUGCUGCAGCCCCUGGUGAUGGCAGCCUCUGCCUCCCUCCAAGCACAGUGCAGCUCAGGUGGUGCCCGCCUCCAGGGCUUCCUUCAGGAACUGGAGACCUCAAGCCCCGACGGGGGCAACAGUCGCUGUGCCUACCGCGGCGUGGAGCUGGCCGGCUAUUCCGAGGCCGCCGUCCGGGGCUUCGAGCGGCUGCGGGGGACUUUCGUGGACUCCAUGCGGACAGGACUGUGGGACUCCUACCCCGGGCCCUCGCUGGACACCGUGACUGCCUUCGCUGCCAUAUUUGACCCCCGACGCUACCCGCAGGCGCCAGAGGAGCUGGGCGCGCACGGCGAGGGUGCGCUGCGCCUGCUGCUGCGUGCCUUCGCGCCUGCUGUGGUGCGCCAGCGCGCGCUGGGCGACUUCGCGCUCUUCAAGCGUGUGGUGUGCAGCCUCGGGCGGCUCGGGCCGCGGGCCCUGUGCACCAAACUGGCGUGUGCUCACUCCGAGCUGCACGAGCUCUUCCCCGACUUCGCUGCCCUCGCCGCUCUGGCCUUGGUGCUGCCCGCAGGCGCCAGCCUUCUGGACAAGGUCUGCCGCAGCCGGGAGCUGCGGUGGUGGGGGCCGGCUGGGGGCGGGGAAGGCCGUAGUGGCCACAUGGUGAAGAUCGCCGUGGAUGGGCCCCCUCUGCACGAGUUUGACUUUGCGCUGGCCAUGGAGUUCCUGGAGACAGGCUCGGCCUCCAGCACCCCCAGCCCCCUGCUGGCCUCCCUAUCCCUGCCCGCCCGACCUCUGCAGCCCCCGCUGGACUUCAAGCACUUGCUCGCCUUCCACUUCAAUGGCGCCGCCCCGCUCAGUCUCUUCCCCAACUUCAGCACGAUGGACCCGGUCCAGAAAGCUGUCAUCAGCCACACGUUUGGGGUCCCCUCCCCUCUGAAGAAGAAGCUCUUCAUUUCCUGUAACAUCUGCCACCUGAGGUUCAACUCAGCGAACCAGGCUGAGGCACAUUAUAAAGGGCACAAACAUGCCAGAAAAGUCAAGGCUGUCGAGGCUGCCAAGAGCAAGCAGAGGCCACAGACCCUGGCCCAGGAUGGGGUGGUUGUGUCUCCAACCUCGACUCCAGCCAGCAGAGCCCCCGGAGAGCUGCAGAGCACAGCCCCAGCAGCCCCUCUUCCGGGUCCCCCACUCCAGCCACCACUAAUCCCGGACCCCACACCCAGGGAGCUGGCCCACUCAGACCUCUUGGAUGCUGCCUCCUCUUCCUCUCCUUCCUCCUGCCCACCCUGCUCUCCAGAGCCUGGGCGAGAAGCUCCAGGGCCUGAGCCAGCGGCAGCUGCAGUGGAAAGCAGUGUGAGCGGGGUGGGCAGGAGUGAGAAGGGGCACCUCUACUGCCCCACAUGCAAGGUGACAGUGAACUCUGCCUCCCAGCUUCAGGCUCACAACACAGGAGCUAAGCACCGGUGGAUGGUAGAAGGCCAGCAAGGAACUCCCCGAAGAGGCCGGGGCCGCCCAGUGCCCCGCGGAGGGGCCAGACACAAGGCCAAGCGUGUGACAGGGGGCCGGGGGGGUCGGCAGGGCCCUAGCCCCCAUUUCCACUGUGCUCUCUGCCAGCUCCAGGUCAAUUCAGAGACUCAACUCAAGCAGCACAUGAGCAGCAGGAAGCACAAAGACCGCCUGGCCGGGAAGCCCCCCAAGCCCUCCAGCCAGCACAGCAAGCUGCAGAAGCCCGCAGCGCUGGCUGUGAGUAUCCUCAAGUCAAAACUGGCCUUGCAGAAGCAACUCACCAAGACGUUGGCUGCGCGCUUCCUGCCCAGCCCGCUCCCUACUGCGGCCGCCAUCUGUGCCCUGCCAGGGCCCUUGGCCCUGCGGCCUGCCCCCACCGCAGCCACUACCCUCUUCCCAGCUCCCAUCCUGGGCCCAGCUCUGUUUCGCACCCCAGCGGGAGCCAUCCGCCCUGCCACAGGACCCAUUGUCUUUGCUCCCUAUUAG